GCACUGAGUUAACGGUGGCGAACCUGUCUGACAAGUGAACAAAGUUCAAUUUCAUGAAUGAAACGGGUUCGGUCGUAACGUAGACUUUGAAGGAAAUGACACUGUCUAUCCUAUUCCAACGCUUCACCGCGUCCAUUCGACCAACCCUUUCACAACCACGUCGUCAGGCUGCCGUCCUAGUUUUAAUAAGCAGGAUCCAAGCUAACAAGACGUGUUUAAAUUUAAAGCUCAUCUGACUGCAGAUCUACUACUGUGGGUGCGGAGUAUUCAGGAAAGGAGCAAGACUGGUUGACUACCUGCAACAACAAUGGGGGUCACUGGAAAAAGUGAUAGUCUCGGAUUAUACAUCCUCCUUGGUACCCUUUUACCUCAGUUGUCCCAAGGUGCAGCAGAGCUUGUGUGUCCAGAGGUAGGAUUCUUGGACUCGCCCGCAAACCUGAGCUGCAGUGGCACAGGAAGAACACACUCCUACAUCCAGCCAUCAGGGGGCAUUGUGACCACAUGUAACAUGACCACUGCAACAUGUAUACCUGACGUGAUGGUGACAAUACCUAACUCUUCCUACAGUGUCCUCACACUACCAAGGGUAAACCAGUCACACGCAGGACGCUGGACUUGCUCCAUUUGGGAUUAUGUGACAGGUUGUUUCAUGACAGUUGCAAAACUCCCAUCAUGUGCCAUAUUGAGUAACCGGUCUGCAGAAGAAGUGACAGUACGUGUACAAGACUACCAUUGUUCUGACUCCACUGAGCUGUAUUUGAAGACUGGAAACGUCCCUGGAAGACUGUUGAAUACAUCACGUAUUAAUACCAUUGUUGACAUGAUUGAGAUCACAGUAAAUGUAACAACAUCCCUUGUAGAGUCAAAGACAUUGGCCUUUGUCUGUGGCAAUACGAGUUGGGAAAUUGCUUGUCAAGAACCCCCAUCAUGUGACAUAUUGAGCAACCGGUCUGCAGAGGAAGUGACAGUACGUGUACAAGACUACCAUUGUUCUGACUCCAUUGAGCUGUAUUUAAAGACUGGAAACUUUACAGGAAGACUGUUGAAUACAUCACGUAUUAAUACUACUGGUGGCAUGUUUGAGAUCACAGUCAAUGUAACAACAUCCCUUGUAGAGACAAAGACAUUGGUCUUUGUCUGUGGCAAUACGAGUUGGGAAAUUGCUUGUCAAGAACUUCCGUCAUGUGACAUAUUGAGCAACCGGUCUGCAGAGGAAGUGACAGUACGUGUACAAGACUACCAUUGUUCUGACUCCAUUGAGCUGUAUUUGAAGACUGGACACUUGACAGGAAGACUGUUGAACGUACAACGUACUGCUACACCUGUUGGCAUGUUUGAGAUUACAGUCAAUGUAGCUACAUCUCUUGCAGAGACAAAGAAAUUGGUCUUUGUCUGUGGCAAUACGAGUUGGGACAUUGCUUGUCAAGAACAAGUGACGGCAGAUUCAAGACGCGGGGGAAGCAUAACCAGUGCGGUCGUCGUCGGCGCUGUCGUUGCAGGAAGCGUGGCUGUCACAAUCAUCUUCGUGCUGGUGGUUGUUCUGGUGAAGAUGAAACAAUCAAAACGGACCCAGAAGCCAGAAACACACAGUGGUAGAAAUGUGUACGAUUCUCCUAAUGACGUUGAUGGACAAACGGAUGAAACAGCUGGACAUGAAUACACCACUUUGAACCGAACUCCUAUUGAGGGAGGCAGUAUCUAUAAUGUCAUAUCCAGUUAAGUACACUGUGUAAAUACAUACGUAUCCAAACACCAUGACGGUAUUAUGCUGUUGCCUCAAACAUCAAAGUGAUAAUGGAGUUAGUUUUGGUAACCAUAUCUCUUUGCUGCUCCCAAUCAACGAUUUUGAUAUUGACUUGUCAUUAUACAGAGCUUCGGACUGUCUCACCGUGUUUUCCUCAUAGAUUUGCGAUUUUAACGCUUUUCCCUGCUGCACAUAAUUAUCUUCCAAACCAACGGUUUUUUUGUAGCUUUAGUUUCAAGUGUUUCAAACUCAUGUAUAAGUUUGUGAAAAUUAAAUCUAACUUGUGUCGUUCA